AUGACUGAAACAUCAGAAAAACACCAUAAAAGACUUAACCACGAAUAUCAGCAACGAUAUCAUAAGAAAUUACAACAAACAAGUGGUACAAAUAGUACAGAAACAGCUCGUAAUAUACCUACAAGAAAAGAAGAAUUCAGAGUAACAAGAGAAGCAGCAAGACAAAGAAACGAAGUUGAAGUUUCACAUCAACAAAUAUCACGAAAAGGGAAGGAAAGAGAGACUCCUGUAGAUUAUGAUAGAUGGUUACUUCAAAACGAUGAUGAAUGGGAUUGCUGUUUAGCUGAAGCUUCUCAAAUUAGAUCUGGAGCGCAACUACGAAAUUUGUUUACUAUUUUUCUUUUGUUUUGUGAUCCAUUACACCCUGAACAACUUUGGGAGAAUCAUCGUAUUGCUCUCGCAGUAGCAUCUUCUAGAAUUGCUUCACUCCUUUUGCCAGAAAACUUUGCAAAAUGGCUCAUUGCACUUGGAGAAGAUCAAAUACCUACCAUUGAACCAGAACACGAUAAAAUUCAACUUCCAGAGGAUCUUAUUUUACCUUCUCAACAGUUAAACGAUCUUAUACAAUUUGUCUAUCCUGAAUUUUCUUCGCAUUCUGAUUCUCAAUAUUUAGUUGAACGUGAAUUGCCGUCAGAAAGAUUCAUGUUGAUACAAGGCAUUUCUGGAUAUCUCAAGGAUCAUAGAUUUCAGGUAAGUCUCGAUCUCAUGACUCCAUUAAGUCCAUCAGUUGACGCCCGGGUAGUGACUCGAACUCCUGGCUCUACCCGGCUAAUGACUCGCUAUAAUGGUGCUGAGCCACCUUUGAUCCAAGCCGAUCCAAAGCCG